GGCUCGGUUCUGAUUGGUUGUCACGCGAGAAGGUCUCAGGCAGAGGACAGAGGCAAGAUGGCGGCGCUGAGGAGGAUACUUUGUGUUGCUGGGAGGGUUCCCGCGUCUGGUUUCAUUCAGAGAAGCUUCCACAAGAGCUCACCUGCCGCCCUUCAGCUGACUGUCCGCGAUGCUCUGAACCAAGCUCUGGAUGAAGAACUGGAGAGAGAUGAGCGGGUCUUUCUCCUGGGGGAAGAGGUGGCUCAGUACGACGGUGCCUACAAGAUCAGCAGAGGUCUGUGGAAGAAGUACGGUGACAAACGAAUUAUGGACACCCCCAUAUCUGAGAUGGGGUUUGCUGGCAUUGCUGUAGGUGCGGCGAUGGCUGGGUUGCGGCCAAUCUGUGAGUUUAUGACUUUCAAUUUCUCAAUGCAAGCAAUCGAUCAGGUGAUCAACUCGGCAGCCAAGACCCACUAUAUGUCUGCCGGGCGUGUACCUGUCCCAAUAGUGUUCCGAGGGCCAAACGGAGCAUCCGCCGGUGUAGCCGCACAACACUCUCAGUGCUUCGCAGCCUGGUACGGACAUUGCCCUGGUCUCAAGGUGAUCAGUCCAUGGAACUCUGAAGAUGCAAAAGGUCUUUUGAAAGCAUCGAUUCGGGACGAUAAUCCAGUGGUCUUCCUGGAAAAUGAAUUGUUGUAUGGUGUUCCUUUUGAGUUAUCCGAGGAAGCUCAGUCAAAAGAUUUUCUUAUUCCAAUCGGAAAAGCCAAGAUAGAACGUCCAGGAAGUCAGAUUACUUUGGUCUCGCACUCCCGACCUGUUGGCCAUUGCUUGGAGGCGGCCAAUAUUUUGGCGAAAGAGGGGAUAGAUUGCGAGGUCAUUAACCUGCGCACCAUCCGGCCGCUGGAUAUCGAAACCAUUGAAGCCAGCGUUGUAAAAACGAACCACUUGGUUACGGUUGAAGGAGGAUGGCCGCAGUUUGGAGUAGGAGCUGAGAUUUGUGCCAAAAUAAUGGAAGGGCCGGCAUUUAAUUACCUGGACGCCCCUGUGGUGCGUGUGACGGGUGCAGAUGUCCCGAUGCCCUAUGCCAAGAUCCUGGAAGAUAACUGCACUCCUCAAGUAAAAGAUAUUAUUUUUGCCGUGAAAAAGACUCUCAAUAUCGUGUAAUUAUGUAAAAAUAACACUCAUUGAAUGCCAGAA